AUUCUCUCUCUCAGCUCUCUGUUUGGUGUUUGGAAAAAAGAAAGUGCCCAAGAAAGUUGCAAUGUGCUGAUCGUCAGCUUGUACUUGCAGAAACCUUUGGAAUUGUAGUAAUUUAUGCAGCAUUUUAUUUAUAAAUUCCGUGUAGAAUCUCUUUGCGCAGUUCUUAAGUUUCUUCAUUGACUUGGAAGACUUGCUAAUAGCUCGCAUUGAUCGUUUGCGCUUCAGAACAGAGCCCCUCCCUGUUGCUGUUGCUGGUCUCAUCAUUCGGGAAUGCUUUGCCUAAAAUAAGUUUAAUAAAAAUGUAUUACCUUAACGAAACAACACUUCCGUCUACGGAGAACUUCGCCCAAAGAGACGCUCACGCCUCCAACUUGGAGCUGAAGACUGUAUCCAUUAAUCCAGAUGACACCUAUACAGUGCAGCAAGCAAUUAAUGCAUUCGGAUUUGGCUGGUUCCAUGUGAAAUUGUCGCUGCUGGUGGGCCUCUGCUGGAUGUCGGACUCCAUGGAAAUGGCCAUUCUGAGCAUUAUUGGCCCGGCAUUGUUCUGCGAGUGGAACGUGUCCAAACUCCAGCAGGCUUCAGUGACAACAGUUGUCUUUUUGGGCAUGAUGAUCAGCUCUAGUUUUUGGACACAGCUGAGCAACAGAUAUGGCCGCAAGUCGGCACUCACAUUGUUUGGCGUGUUAAUAGUUUUAUAUAGCAUUCUCAGCUCAGUUGCACCCAGCUAUGCUUGGCUGCUAACGCUGCGUGGGCUCGUGGGUUUCACCAUUGGCUGCGUGCCACAAUCUGUCACACUGUAUGCAGAGUUUCUACCCACAAAACACAAGGGAAAGUGCGUUGUGCUAAUGGAUUGCUUCUGGGCAUUGGGAGCGUGCUUUGAGGUUGUCCUCGCUCUGGUUGUAUAUCCCUACUUUGGCUGGCGUGGACUUUUGGGAUUAUCUGCUACGCCGCUAUUAAUUUUCACGCUGCUCUCGCCGUGGCUCAGCGAAUCGGCUCGUUAUCACUCGAAUAAUGGACGCAAUGAUAAAGCCUUGAAGGUGCUAGAGCAGAUAGCGCAGAAUAAUAAGCGUCACAUGCUGAUCGGACGCCUGAUUGCCGAUGAAGAACCCAGCGCCACCGAGAGCUUCAGGUCCCUGCUGAGUCCCAAUCUGUAUCGGACGACGCUCCUCUUGUGGUUUAUCUGGCUUGCCUCCGCCUUCUGUUAUUACGGCUUGGUGCUGGUUACCACAGAGCUGCUGGUGGCGCGAAACAAGGAAAAAUAUCCCAAUGAUUGUGUUACAUUUAUGACCUCCGAUUUCAUGGACUUGCUCUGGAUUACCCUGUCGGAGUUUCCCGGCAUACUGCUGACCAUCAGAGUGAUUAAAUUGUUUGGCAAGAAGAAAACGAUUGUCCUGCAAUAUUUGGUGCUUGUCUUGUGUACUUUAGUGCUGACGACAGUCUCAAGUCGUUUUGCCACUUCGGCUACGCUCUUCAUUGCCAGGGGCGCGAUAUCUGGCAUUUUCCAAGCAAUUUAUGUCUACACACCGGAAAUAUAUCCCGCUGCACUCCGAUCCAUAGGUGUCUCUGGUUGCUCUGUGCUGGCACGGCUCGGCGCCAUGCACCCCUUCGUGGCCCAAGUGCUGAUGGAGUCGUCCCGAGUGCAGGCCGUCUCCAUCUAUGGAUUCGUUGGACUGCUCGCAGCCAUCGCGUGCGCCUUUCUACCCCGCGAAAAUGUGGGCUAUCACUAGUUGUGUGGAUAAAUUCGAAUUCUAAAUGUAAUGCGCGACCUACAGCUGGGAACGCUGCUCAAUAGCCUACCCAAAAACCAUUCCCGACCACAUCUAAAGAAUUUGCCUAGUUUUGGGGCUUGUGUGUAAUAAUGGUUUGCCUGCGACUACUUCUAGUUUCCUGGUUGUUGAAAAACUAAAAUAAGUUUUCUUAUUUUCUCAGUGUUUUCAAUGCGAAGCAGCUUUUGUUCUUAGGCAUCACAAUUACCGCAAAGACUGAAUGCGUUCUCUUUUUGGUGGGCAUACCUGAGCUGGAAAUUCGCGAAUGAAUCAUCUAAAACUGAGCGAAAAAAAGCUCAAUAAAUGCUCAAUGAGAUGUGACCAAAACCAAAUGAUCAUUAAUUAUGCUCUAGGUUAUUAAGCUUUUGCAGUUCCCGUUCCCUUGAUGGUUCUUCUGCUCCCUAUAUUCAGUAUUGUGAAUAAUUAGACUCGGAUGUUUCAACACAUCAAACAACUAACUAUAUAUUUCAUCCUGUUAAUGUACC